AUGUCAUCACCUGAUGAAUCACCAUUUUAUCAUCCCAAGGUUCACGGAAUCGCCUUCCAGCAUACUUUUAACCCUGGGACGCAAGAUGGAAAGAUUGCAAUACACUAUUCAUUUUUCGACUCCGAACCUCGCAGUCAGAUACUUGAAAGAACCGCUGGGCAUCUUCUGGCUGCUCUGUAUAAGCAUGGACAAGGAACUGCCGCAGGAUAUGUCAAGAAAGUUCAUCAUGAUACUAUCAUACCUCAAGCUACUGUUCAGAAUACAUAUGCUCGUCUCAAGGCCAAAUAUGCAAAGACUCUGAUUGACAAUUGGGGUGAAGUCACAGACCCUGAAAAGCAUGUUUUCGAAGACCUGAACAUCGCAGCAUUCCUCAUUGAACUUUGGGCCGAUACUUAUAAAGAUAUAGAGUUUCCAGGUUAUGUUGAUAUUGGCUGUGGAAAUGGAUUGCUCGUUCAUAUUUUAUCAGAGGAAGGUUAUACAGGAUGGGGAUUUGAUGCUAGAGAACGAAAAUCUUGGAGUGUUUUCGGGCCAAAAACACGAGAAAAAUUACAAGAACUUGUCUUAAUACCUUCAAUUCUAUAUUCAGAGUCAAAUGAAAAUCAAACCUCGGGGCCUAAUAUUCAUGAUGGGACGUUUCCUAAGGGAACAUUCAUUAUUUCAAAUCACGCCGAUGAGCUGACUCCAUGGACACCUAUCCUUGCGAGUAUCUCCCGAUCUCCAUUUAUGAUGAUUCCAUGUUGUAGUCAUGCUCUCAGUGGUGCAAGAUAUAGAGCACCGCCUCCCAAAGGAUCCGAAGGUACCCCAUCGGCUUACGCUUCUCUUGUCGCAUGGGUUGUGGGGCUUGCUGAGGGAUGUGGAUGGGAAGUAGAGAAGGAAUGGCUACGAAUACCUAGUACGAGAAAUGCAGCUUUGAUUGGAAGGAGAAGAAAAUUAGAUUAUGGAGAGAUUGAUGCACGAGAAUUUGUGGAUGCAAAUGGUGGAGCUGCAGGUUGGAAGGAGAAUGCAAUGAAGUUGGUGACUGGGAAAGCAAAAAAUCAUUGA